CAGACAGCUGUGAUACUAACGGAGAUUUGCGACACCGGAGAGAGAGAGAGAGAGAGAGAAAGAGAGACAGGAGGAGGAGGACAGAUCACAGUUUACAAUUGGAGAGUAAUAGAUUAGAAUGAUGCAACAAUGUACUGGAAUCUGGCAAUGAUAGAUUGGAACAAUACAACGCUGGAUUUGAAUCUAAGAACAAAUGAUUGGAAUGUUACAAUAACAGAUUGGAAUGGUUUGACAAUGGUUCAAAAUGUGAGAACAGUCGAUGGGAAUGGGAAAACAUGGGGAAGGGGUUUCAUUGAGAUGUUGAACUCUCUUUCUGCUACUUUUGAUCGGAGGCCACUGAAAUCCUGCAUUCGUUUAGUCCUUCAGAUUUUGCAAUUCAUUUAUUAUCCGAUUCUCGCUAUCGUUGCAGUGCCUGCCAAUGUAGUAACAAUUGUGAUCCUGUCCCAGAAAAAGUGUGGUCUCUCCCGAUGUGUCUCUCACUACCUGGUAGCCAUGGCAAUAGCAGAUCUCCUGGUCAUUAUCUUUGACCUCAUUUUGCGACGCAUUCCAUUUGUCUAUUUGGAAGGGCAUCAUUUCUUAGAAGGUAUCCCUGUGUGCAAUAUCCACGCUGUCCUGCUUUAUGCAGCCACUGACUGUUCUGUCUGGUUCACCGUCACUUUCACCUUUGAUCGAUUUGUGGCCAUUUGUUGCCCAAAUCUGAGAAGUAAAUAUUGCAAUGUGAAAACAGCAACCGUGGUUCUGGCAAUGGAGACUGGAAUGAGCUGUUUGAAGAACAUUUUCUGGUAUUUUCUGUUUACUGAUCAAUAUUAUGACAGCAGCAGACCCUGGUUUUGUUGGGUGACAAGGGACGUGAAAUUUUCUCCAGUCUGGGGAGCAGUUGAGUUCUGCCAUUACAUACUAACACCAGGAAUUGCCUUUAUUCUCAUUCUGCUUCUCAAUGUUUUAACGGUUAGACACAUUGCAGUGACCAGCAGAUCCCGCAGGAGACUCCAUCAGCAGAACAACAGAAAGAGCAGCAAAGACCCAGAGAUGAAGAGUCGAAAAAAUUCCAGCAUUUUAUUGUUUCUUAUCUCAGGGAAUUUUAUUCUAUUAUGGUCAGUAUCAAUGAUGUAUUCCAUAUAUUGGAGAAUGAUGUUUUUGGGAUAUGAGUCUGUAUAUCUGCCUCGUUAUGUAAUGGAACUGGGCAUCAUGCUCCAGAUGUUGAGUUGCUGCACAAACACUUUGAUUUAUGUCAUCACACAUCCUAAGUUCAGAGAGCAUUUGAAGAAUAUUGUGUACUAUCCCUUUACUUCAAUCGUGAAAUGUAUUAUACAUUGAGACUGACUGUAGAAUUACAUCAUCAGCAAUCAAUUUUGCAUGCGUUUCUGUCUCAUCCACAGUCCCGGUGUCUUGUUAAUAGACAUCAUUGUAAGAAGAUGAUAUCUCCAGGACCUUUGCUCUGUGAUUUUUCCUGCCUAAUUUGCCAGCCUGUGCACCUG